CGGUUGCUAAGAACGUCUGUUUUCCGGCAGCUGGCUGGUCUCGGUUGCCUGGCGUCACUUGGAAGCGUCUUCCUCGUAUGGUUGCUAUCAGGACGCGAAAGAAACAACCUACUUCUGGGGGCUCGAUUUAAAAUAUCUAUGAAAUGUAAUAUUGUUAUUCUGAGAAUUAAGGGCAUUUAACAAUGUGAUGUUGACAAAACGGGAGCGGAUUUGAUUUCCUUCUACUCGAGACUUUGGAUAUGAAAGGGCACAGACAUAUUUGACAAUGGGGGAUGUCUUGGCUUAUGAAUCUGACCUCCUUGGUCUAGUUAAGGAGUAUUUAGCAUUUGGUGAUUUUGAGGAAACUGUGAAAGUUUUCGAGAAAGAAUGCAAGAAUAAAGGAAAGCCUGUUCCGAAAAGUGCAAGAAAUGUCUUGCGAGAUUCAAAAACCUUAAUUAUUCAGAAGGAUAUGAUUACCUCGUUUGAAGAUGGAGAUAUGAAGGUGUUCCUGGACCUGUGGGCAGAACAUGUUCCAGCUCAGGUUCGAGACUGUGACCUUCUCGCCCAGAAGCUGGAGUUCUAUCUGCACAUACACUUUGCCGUCUACCCUCUGAAAAAUCCCCUGGGGAAGCUUGACAGGGAGGAUUUGGAUGAAAGGAUCAUUCACUUUAAGCAUUACCUGGAGACCAGAGGAGCAGCACUGAGCCAGACCACAGAGUUUCUGCCGUUCUACGCCCUGCCCUUCGUACCCAACCCCACAGUGCACCCCUCCUUCAAGGAACUCUUCCAGGAAUCUUGGACUCCUGAGUUGAAGAGGAGACUGGAAUCAUUUCUGUCUGUGACACUGAAAGCCUGCAGUACGCCAAAGCUUCUCACUCUAUAUAAGGAGAACAGGCAAGGCAAUAAAGAGGCGCUGAACAGUUUGCAGCAGCAGCUGCUGGAGGCGGAGAGGAAAGCUGCGACCUACAUGAAAAAGUACAAGAAGAUGCAGGCUGACUACCACAACCUCAUUGGGGUCACCGCAGAGCUGGUGGACUCACUGGAGGCUGCUGUGAAUGGCACAAUGAUCACACCUGAAUAUCUCCAGAGUGUCUGUGUGCGUCUGUUUAGCAAUCAGAUUAGACAAAGCGUGGCCCAGAGCAUUGACUUCACAAGGCCUGGGACGGGAUAUUACUCUAUGAGCCCUUAUGACAAUGAUGGUGGAUAUGCAUCGUCCUUGCUGAGAGCAUCCAUUGCCCCUCCGAAGUCCACAGACGUGCCGUUGCUGCCCUCCUUGGCCUACAAGAAGCUGAAGAAAGACCUGAUUUACGGAACCGAUCGUCUGAAGGCCCUGCUGUUGCAAGCGCUUCGCUGGAGAUUAACCAGAUCACUCCAUGGAGAGCAGAGGGAGACUGUCCUGCAGGCUUACAUCGGCAACGAUUUGCUUGACUGCCACAGCAACCACCAGAGAAAUGUACUUCAGCUGCUCAAUUCCAAGAGCGAGGUUGUCCGACAGUACAUGGCACGGCUGAUCAACGCUUUCGCCUCACUCGCAGACGGGCGCAUGUAUCUGUCCCAGAGCCCUGUGUUAUUAACCAUGUUGGAGAACACGGUGAAGGCAGAGGAGAAGGAUUCGCCCACAAGGGAGAAUGUGCUGGGUGCACUGCAGAAGCUCAGCCUACGGCGCAGUCUGCAGUCUCUUAUGAUCGGGGGUGAGAUUAUACUGUGGCUGGUGAAUCUGCUGGAGGAUGCAGACUGUCUUUCCGAUUACACCUUGGAGUACUCUGUGGCUCUGCUGAUGAACCUGUGCCUCAGGACAGCAGGAAAGAAGAAAUGUGCAGAACAUGCUGCACACGUGCUGAAGGUUUUGUCUGAUCUUCUGGGGCACGAUAACCAUGAGAUUCGCCCCUAUGUGAACGGCGCUCUCUACAGCAUUCUGGCUGUUCCUUCAGUCCGGGAGGAGGCGAGAGCCAUGGGAAUGGAAGAGCUCCUGAGGUGCUUCAGCAAGGAAGGGAACGCUGAGAUGAACAGGCAGAUUGAGUUUAUCAUCAAGCAGCUCAAUUCAGAAGACGUUUCAGAAGACGGGGUUGACUCGGACGAUGAAGAUGAAGAUGAUGAUGAAGAAGAUCAGGAUGCGAUGGAAGCAGAUUUGGACAAAGAGGAGGUUCUUCAGCCCCAGCCCAGGGAACUGUCUGGAGAGACAUUGCUGACCACAGAGUACCUGGGAAUAAUGACUAACAUGGUGAAGGCAAAGAGGAAGAUGGCACCAGCCCUGAGCCACGUCAUUGACGAGCCACUGCAACGACCAGUCACACCCAGCUCCCACAGGACCACCUUUGCACACGAAUCCAGGCCCAGCAGUGAUUCCCAUUACUCAAGUAACAUGAACAUAAGUAAAGACGUCCAGUCGAGGCACAGCGCUCGCCCUCCGACUCGCAGUGGGAGUCGACCCAACACCUCUGACUACUGCAGCCUUGCCAUGUCCGUGGACACAGAAGCCUCUAGACUUUUCUCCCCGGGUUCAGGGAUUAAGCAGCAAUUUGAGGCUCUUUCUCUCCAGUCGAUAUCAGACCAGACACCUGAAGAGCCCAGCAGUUAUGGUGACUUCAACCCUGGAUUCUCCAGUCACCCCAAGAUUCCUCAGACCCCUGAGGUUUUAAGCCCAAGCCCCCGAAAGCACCGGACCCCGACCAUUGCACCCCAGUUCUCCCAGUCUGGACCACAGCAGACCAGUCGGCCCAGCUCCGCAGGAUCUUCUGGGAGGAGCAGACAGAGCAGCCAGUCAUACAGGAAAUGAAAACAGACCUUUCGGCACGGGAGUCAGCUGACCCCGAGACUCCAGAGAUUGAUCCAGCUUCAUGUAACCCCAUCCAGAUCACAGCAGCAGAGACUUCAGCAGCAUUGAGACGCGGAACAAUCCAUCAGAUUGUAGCUCCAGCUGCUCAUAGAACUGCUUUGUAAUACUGGAAUAUGGAAGACUCUCUGCAAUAAGUGUAACAAACACCUUUUAUUGUGUUGCUGUUAACACUGCAGGUGUUCGCUUUCAUGCUGAUGAAUCAUCUUGUCAUUUUUUGGAGCAGAUUGUAUUUCAAAUACUACCUUCUUUCAAGAUGGAAGAGUGCCCUUUACAAAUAGAAAAAAAAAGAGGGGGUCAAAUAUAAUCCACGUCGUAAAGGGAAACCGUUUAUCAAAAAAUAAAAAAUAAAAAAAAAUAAAAAUCUGUUCUUGAGAAAUACCAUAAAGAGCUUCUGAGGAUGUCCUCGUGGCAGGAAGAAAACAAAUAAAAUAGUUUUGGUAUUUUUCAAAAAAUAUUUCCUUCCUUGGGUGUUGGGGGGGGAUGCGAUUCCCAAUAAAAAAAAAAAAAAACAGGAUUACUAGCUUGUUUUCUGUUUAGUUAUUUUUUGUCAUUAAUUCACAGCCCUAGAGAAAGACUAAAACACACUUCUAAGUAAAUAAUCUAAAUUUGGGACACCAGUCC